AUGGGUUUGAUUGAUAAACCAAUCAUUAUUGAUGGAAAAGAUCAUCUUUUGGGACGACUAGCAUCGGUUGUCGCCAAACAGCUCCUCCUUGGUCAGAAAAUUGUUGUUGUGCGAUGCGAAGAGAUCAUCAUUUCUGGCAAUUUCCAUCGUUCUAAACUGAAGUUUAUGAGCUUUUUGCGUAAGCGAUGCAACGUUAAACCGGCACGUGGUCCUUAUCACUUCCGUGCACCAAGUCGUAUAUUCUGGCGAACUGUCCGUGGCAUGCUGCCGCAUAAAACACAUCGCGGAAAGGCGGCACUGCUUCGUUUGAAGGCAUUUGAUGGCAUCCCGCAACCUUAUGAUCGAGUUAAACGACAAGUUCACCCCGCAGCUUUGCGGCAUUUGGCGUUGAAACCAAGAAGGAAGUAUUGCACAGUUGGACGUCUUGCGCAUGAAGUAGGUUGGCAGUAUCUCGAUGUGGUCGCAAAGCUGGAAGCCAAAAGAAAAGUUAAAAGUGCCGCAUUUCAUGAACAUAAAAAGAUGAAGUCGAGGCUAUUCGGACAGGCGUUGAAAUCAGAUCUUGUUAAAAAUUCACCUUAUCAAAAGCUGAUAGAAUCUUAUGGUUACCAGUAA